AUGUCACAUCCUGGAGAUUUGGAUGUCAUAGCAACGGCUCUCCGUGAAACAGAGGAGGAAAUUGGUAUACAUCCUGAAAAUGUGGACAUUGUUGCUACAUUGCCACCUUACGUUAUUGAUCCAAAUUUCCUAGUAACACCAGUUGUUGGCAUCAUUUCUAGUGAUAUAAAACUUAAUGUCAAUCCACAAGAAGUGGAUACAGUAUUUGACUUGCCGCUUAAAAGGUUUCUAAGUGAAGACGGAAGAACUCAAAAAAUAUUUUCAUCUAAUGGGAUGGAUUUUAAUCUAUAUCAUUUUUAUGAAGCUGUGAAUGGUCAGACGGUAGACAUAUGGGGGUUUGCUUCAUUGAUUUCUAUACAAUCAGCCAUUGUGACUUAUCAGUCAAACUUAGAAAUAUGUUUUUACAAAGAUAUUAUUGUAACAAAGACAAACUGUUUUACAGUAGUGUCUACACAAGAAAUUGUUAAUAAGCUUAUUAGUCAAGCUAAGCUGUGAUAAAAUUUCUGUUAAUUUGUGUUGUUUAUUCAAGGAAAAAAUAAUUAAAUUAUAAAUUGUU